AUGAGCAACGUUGUGAUCGAGGACAUCACGGACGACGCGCCCGCCAAGGGUGUGUCGGACUCCGCGUGCAAGGAGCUCGCAAGCUUGCUCGACAAGGCCUUCGGCGGCGACGGCGAAGCUCUGAUCGACGCCGCCUUCAAGGUUCUGGACGAGCGCGGGUUCUUCGCGGACCGGCCGGACGCCAAGGAGCGCGCCGUCGUGCAGAAGCUCAAGGCCUGCACGCGGGCCCACACCAAGGCUGGUGGCAGCCUGCAGAAGGGCUUCCUUUCCAGCGGUGCCGGUCCCAGCGCGCCGCCGGCCCCGAAGCCCGCUCCCGCCCCCGCCGCACCGCCCGCGCCCCCGGCCGACGCCCCGGCCGCGCCCGCGGAGCCCGACGCCGGCGAGGACGCGCAGGAGAGCAAGGGCAUCGCGCCGAACCGCGGCAACGGCGCCGACCUCGACAAGUACUCCUGGACGCAGACCCUCCACGACGUCACCGUUGCCGUGCCGCUUCCCAAGGGGCUGCGGGCGCGGGAUCUCGACGUGCGCAUCACGCGCUCGCAGCUGCGCGUGGCCGUCAAGGGCGGGGACGUGGUCGUGGACGGCGAGUUCACCGAGCCCGUCAAGGCCGAGGACAGCAGCUGGAGCAUCGAAGGGGGGACUUUGUCGGUAGAACUGGACAAGGUGUCAGGGAUGCACUGGUGGACGGCGCUGCUGAAGGGGGACCCGGAGCUGGACGUGCAGAAGGUGGAGCCGGAGAACUCCAAGCUGAGCGACCUGGACAGCGAGACGCGCGCCACGGUGGAGAAGAUGAUGUACGAUCAGCGGCAGAAGCAGAUGGGGCUGCCGACGAGCGAGGAGGAGCAGCGGCAGCGGAUGCUGCAGGACUUCAUGAAGGCACACCCCGAGAUGGACUUCUCGCAGGCCAAGAUCAUGUGA